AAAGUGGAUAUAAAAAUAAAAAUAAAAUAAAAAAAAUAAGAAAACAAUGUCAUAGCCUUAUAAAUUAAUUCAAAACCAUCUCCCUCAUCACCUCCCAGUCAACCCUUCCCAUCCAUUUAUUUUGCAGUCUAAAACCACAGAUUUACAACUUCUGCUUAGCUCUCCAUCUGUAAGUUAUUAGGAAUAACAGUUUACCUACCUCAGCCCAACUCUACCCUUAUAAAACCCUAAUCAGCCUCCACAGUCACCUCCACCUUCCAAACCCUAAUGUUCCAACUUCCACCCUCAUCCUCCUCUACAUUCCCACAAAUGGCUCCCAACCAAUCCGAACUAACCCUCGUCGCCUUCCUCAUCUCCACCCUCUUCGCUAUCACCGCCGUGCAGUCGUCAAACUCCUGCACUUCAACUCUCAUAGACCUGUCGUCCUGUCUGAACUACAUCUCAGGCAACACAACAACGCCACCCAGCUCGUGCUGCUCCCAACUCCGCUCGACCAAUUUGGAACCUCAAUGCCUCUGUACGUUUCUCUUCGGAGGUGGCGGGUCGGCUCUCGGUAUCUCUAUUAACAAAACUCAGGCGCUUGCACUGCCCGACGCCUGCAACGUUCAUACGCCGUCGAUCGUCCAAUGCUUUGCUUCUUUGCCGCCGCCGUCUAGUGGAUCUCCGUCGACGUCGGACACUCCUUCGGGCGGUGGAUCGAACGUUGUUCCAUCAGUGGAUACAAGUGGAGCACAUGGAAACACAGUUAAAAUUUCUAUCAUGAUUUUUGUCAGUUUGAUUUUUAUGGUUGUGCUUGCUUCUGCUUCAGUUAUCAGUGUAUAAGAUUUCUUGAGUUGGUGUUGGUUUUGGGUGAUUAGUAUUUUUUCAUGGUUUUUGUUGCUGUAUUAGUUAUGUUGAAUACACAGAUUUGUGUUGGUUAGUUUUGUUGG